CUGGAAUUGCGCGAUGAGUGACGUCAUCAGCGGGCGACGCGGGCGCAGGAGUGACUGCAGUUCAUAACAGGAUGAUGACGUCACAGAGAUGGAGCGGCGGUCACGUGUCAUCUGUGCUCUGCGCUGGUGUUUGUUGUGGAUCAGAGCAGCUGAUGGCCACCGGAGCAGAAGGUGGUGAAGUGACGCUGUGGAAUCACGAUGGAUUGCCGCUCUCUAAACUGCACGUGCCUGGCGAUGAGGAUAUUACGAGUGUAGCAUUCUCCCCAUCAUCGCCCUGCGUGCUGUACGCCUCUCAUGGACAGAGCGUCAGCGUCCUCGACCCCAGAAAGCUGAAGACCACCGUGACUGAACUGCGGGAUGUGGCGGAGGAAGAAAUCAACUCGCUGUCUGUGAACGAGACGGGUGGCCUGCUCGCUGUGGCCGAUGAUUCUGGAGUCGUGACAGUGAUAGACGCGCAACUGGAGAAAGUGACCCGGACCCUGCGGAAACAUGCCAACAUCUGCUCUUCUGUGACCUUCCGUCCACAUCGAUCUCAGAGUUUACUGUCUGCUGGUCUUGACAUGCAGGUGAUGCUGUGGACUCUUCCUAAGGUUCGUCCGAUGUGGUCUUACAGUCUACAGGAAGCUUCAGUGGAAGGCACAGGGCAGAUGUUUAAUCCUCCGCUGGCACACUGCAUAGACGCCGCCUCUUGCGGUGACGUGUUUGCCUGCGCAGCAGAGGACGGCUGCGUUCAUCUGCUGCGGGUGUCUGCAGACUCCAGGCUCAGAGGACGGAGCAUGUUUAAAGCUCACAGUCAAGGAGUGUCACAGGCGCGAUUCCUCAACUUCAUGUCUCAUCCGUACUGGCUAACCACGGGAGGGAAUGAUGGACUGCUGGCUCUAUGGGACCUAAGUGAAGAUGCUGCGGCGCUCGACAACAAGAUGACCGCCCGGAAGAAGAGAUCUAAAGCCCGAGCAAAGACUAAAUCACAGAUGAGCACAAAGGAGGAAUCGGAUUCAGAAACGCGUACAAGAGUUGAGCCGAAACUGAGUUUAAAUCACGGGGAUAAAGUGAACUGGCUGUGUCCGGCUGUGCUAAGGGGGAAGCUCAGUCUACUGGUGACGGACCCAAGUCCCGAGCUGUCGGUAUACUCGCUGGACAAGCUGUAAUGUCCAUCUAAAUUACGUACGUGUAUAAUGUAUGAUGUUACGAGUCAUUGUUGAAAUGUAAUGAAAAUAACCCAGACAGUACUAAAUUUAAAUGUGGUGAUAUCCAUAUGUAUAAAUCUCAUUGGUUCUUGAAAUUAAAGUCUCAUUGCAUAAUUGCAUUACUUAAAAUGCCCCCAAAAAAGCAUGUCUGAAAUCAUGCGGUAACUUGCGCUGCUAGAUUGAUAAAUUGCAUUGGUUAUUAUGGGAACAAGAUGCAUAUUAAAAACACCACAGGGGAACUUAAUUAUACGACAACUAUUCUCAAAAGACGCCCUAUCUUAUGAGAUUUAAGUGUGUAAUGUGUUGCCACGUUUACAGUAAGAGCUCUUGUGGGUUCAGUUUCAUUAGAUGAACAAUUUAUAAGGGUUUUAUUUAGGACACAUUAUUAACCCACUUUAAUGACACGUGUGUGCUUUUUGAGCGUGGAUAAUUUAUUGAACUUGUAUUUUGAGUGAACACUUCUUCAUCAGGUCAAGGCUUUUAAAACCAAUAAUUGUCAUCGGAGUUUUAAAACUCAAGGUUUAAUCAAUACAGACACAAAAUGCGAACCUCACUUCAAUUUCAUUCGAAGAGCCACAUCAAUGAUUUUAACCAACUGAAAACUAAAGUAACAAAAGAUCCAAAUAAACAUUUUACACAACA